CUCGGUCCCUCGCUCGGUGUUUCCCGUUAGGAUGGUGCUGCUGAAGGCCGUGUGCGUGCUCAAGGGCGACGGCCCCGUCCACGGAAUCGUCCGCUUCGAGCAGCAGGAUGACGAGCCCGUGAAGGUCUCGGGAAAGAUCGAAGGAUUGGCCGAAGGAGAGCACGGCUUCCACGUCCAUGAGUUUGGAGACAACACCGACGGCUGUACCAGCGCCGGCCCCCACUUCAACCCCGAGUCCAAGAAACACGGUGGCCCGAAAGACCAGGAGAGGCACGUUGGAGACUUGGGCAACGUGCUUGCCGACAAGGAAGGCGUGGCCACCGUUUCCAUCCAGGACUCCGUCAUCUCCCUGUCUGGACCAAACUCCAUCAUUGGACGCACGAUGGUGAUCCACGAGAAGAAGGACGACUUGGGCAAAGGGGGAAACGAGGAGAGCACCAAAACGGGGAACGCGGGCAGCCGCCAGGCAUGCGGUGUGAUCGGACUAUCUAAGUGAACCCACGGGCCCCGGCUGUCGCCCCGGCCUCAGCCCAGACCUCACGGGUGGCCUCGGGAAUUCGACUCACAAGAUGCUGACAGAGCAAGGAAUGGGAUUGGGCAGAAACAUUAAACACGUUGUUGUAAUCCACCUUAAA